AUCCAUGAUGAGGUCCCUCCUGGUACUGAUGCUGCUGGCUGCUGUGUGUGCUUCUCUGGCCCGGGCCCUGCACUGCCAUGUGUGCUGUGGGCACGAGAACUGCGAGUCUCUCGUGGAGUGCGCCUUGACGGACAAGUACUGUGUGAUCACUCGGGCCACCAAUCCUGGAGGCAUCUUGGUCAUGAAGUCCUGCGCCCCAACCUGCCCCAACAGCACCGUGUCUUCAGAUGGCCGUGCCCUCUCUGUCUCCUGCUGCCAGGGCAGCCAGUGCAACCGCAGUGCUGCCUCAGGUCUGACCAGCAGCCUUGGGGCUCUAUGGGCCAGUGCCUCUACCAGCCUACUGUGGGCACUGCUUCGAGCUGCCUGGUGAGGGCGUGGGUGGCCUUUCCCUGUCAUCAGGGAUCUGUCUGCAGCCUCAGCAGUGUCCCCCUCCCAUCCCUACCCAGCCCAGGCUGUUACCCUUUCUCCCCAUUUCCCCUCAAGACUCAUCCAGUCUUCCUGUCUGUCACAGAAAGGAAGUAACAGCACCUGUCCUAAGGUUCCUGUUCCAGAGCCCAUCUCUCCUCCUGCCUCAGGAAAUCCUUCAACGGGGCACAGGGACACACCUCCACCAAACCCUCACCUCUAUGGGCAUGCCAAACUACCCUUAGUAGGAAAAGCCCCCAUUUCCCCAACUCCAUACACCCUCAUUUCAGGAGCUUUGAACAGACCUUAGGUUUGACAGUUGUACUACCCUCUACUCAACUGAAAGGACUCUGUAUAUGGCCAUCUGGACCCCUGGGCUUCUUCUAUGUGUGAAGGGACCCU